AAGGAAAUCGUCACCCGAAAUAUACAGGCUCUCAUUUACCAACAAAACAGCACAAAGAGCAUUCGUCGACAUUUUGUUGCAAGCAUACAUUUGAUAGCAAUGUGGAAAUAGAAACUAGAAAUGAAGCAUUCAUAAAAUGGUGGAGGUUAUUUGCUUGCAUGAGGAAGGAGGCACCAGUAGUAGCAACGAAGGGUCCAAUAAUCAUAAUAGUAAGAAGGGGGAGAGUAGAAACGGCAGCAGAAACAUAGCAAGUGUUGUUGUAAAAGCAUUAUGUGUUGCAGGAGGGUUUUUCUUCAUGCGAAAACUCACAAAGUCUACUGCUCCAGUCCGAGUCGAUCAUUCUAGGAUUGUUGCAGAAGCUCUUUCUGGUGAAAAGUUUUCAAGUGAGCAAGCAGCGCGGGAUCCCAUGACCUACUUCAAUCACAGAAUGCUGGCAUGCCCGGCAAUGGAAAUGGUGAAUGGAUCAAAGCUUCUCUAUUUUGAGCAGGCAUUUUGGAGAACGCCUGAGAAGCCUCAUCGACAGAGGUUUUUUGUUGUCAAGCCUUGUCCAAAAGACAUGAAGUGUGAUGUUGAGGUGGCAUCAUAUGCAAUCAAGAAUAUUGAAGAAUACCGAAAUUUUUGUGCAAGGCCAGAUAGUCAAAGACCACAGUCUGAUGAAAUUCUAGGGAGGAAACUGUUUGCAUGUGCUUGGAUUUCUCAUGAAGAGCUUUCUAGCAUGUUGCAGAACAUCUUAAUACAUUAUAUUUAUCACAAUGUGAAAGGGGCAGGCGGUGUUUGUACAAAGGAUCCACUCCACCAAACGGUUUUCCCAAUUUGUGGAAUGGUGCUACCCACUGUACAUCAGAGCUUACUAUAUUCAGGAAUGGGGAAAUUCAUUGCUGGGAUAGGGCCUAUGACGAUGAAGGAAAUCAGGUCUGGGGUGCCAGGCAAGGCCCUUAUGAAUUCAAGCCUGUAUCAACGUCAACCUUCGAUGGCCCUUAACUUCCAGUAGGUUUUCCUUAGAGCAUAGAUGGCAAUCCAACUCUAAAAUCAUGAAAAUUUUGAGAGCAUCCAUGUUUGCAUUCUCCUCUUUUUCCAUAAUUUAUAUUUCUUUCUUGAGCACAUUCUUUGCUUUUGAGGCAGAAAUACCUACUUCAAUCUUGACUGUUAUGCAUUUUUUGUUUCGAUAAACAGUGCUAAAAACCUAAGGCUGUCAGAAAAAGUGCUCCAGAGAUGUGAGAUGAAUUUCUAGAGCCAACUGUGUAGAAUUGUUCUAUUUCAAACAUUCCAAGCCUCACUAAUGGACUUUUCACUGGGGAAGAAGGCAAUUGCUUUAAAGAUGUAUACGAUAAGAUAGAUUGUAACCACAUUUCUUAGACCAGAUCUAUGAAAUUUAUAAAACAUCUGAUCUGCUAGUUAAAUUUUCA